AAGAAAACAUUUAAUUAAAUUGUCGAUAUCAUUAUAAGUUCUAAAAAGUAUCGCUUAAAAGUCAGUUGACUCAGAAAGCACUACGCAAAUUGACACACGGUUACAUAUCUAAAUGAUAGUACAUUAUUUUUUAUAUCUAAUCCUGUUUCUGUUGGCUUUUUAGUGGUAAUAUGAAGAUUUACGUAAUUUGGAUAAUUUUGUUUGCCAGGUUUCUGACAGUAUGUGGCCAGGUAAACAUAGCUGCCGGCGGCGUGACUUCGCAAACCUUGGAUCUUGACUGGGCUGGCUACCUGUGGACGUCUGACAAAGCAGUGGACGGCUGCGACACAGCCGCCAUUUCCGCCAACUUUUCAAGCGCCUAUACUGCAUCCCGCUGUUGCAGCUGCAGCAAUGGAGGAGCAGGCCAGCAGACGUGGACUGUAAAAUUGACGACGCCGUCUGUGUUGAGCACCAUAGUGAUUGAAGGCCGUACCGACAUAGCCAUCCAACUGACCGGCUUCACGGUGGAGAUCCAGCCCGUCAGCGGCGAUCCGCCAAUUCAGAUCUACGACAACGCCGUCACCGGCGACCAGGUAACCAGACCGAUCCGCAUUGAGAACCUCGCCACAAAAUUCCCCAUUGUAAUUGAGAGGGUCAACGUGAAGAGACCUCAGGGGCCGUUGACACUUUGUGAGGUCAAGGUCUUCUCGGGUCUCAUUUGUCACUGUUUGGACAAGAAACAUUGUGAUCAACAAGAAUGUUCAUCUUGUGAACAAGACUGGGCUGGACCCACAUGCCAGAUAAGGACAGGAAAGUUGGACAUUCAACCUUCAUUUGCCACACAAUCCCCUACAAUAAAUAAAGCUGGCCUUGCUGUAGAUGGUGAUAAUGUCACGUUUAGCUGGGCACAGGACAUAACCGAUACCACGGGAUUUGUGUCCUGGACACUGGACUUACAGAGCUCUCGUAACAUCUAUGAAGUACAAAUCAUGUUCUUGCAAAGUACAGUUGAUGGUGAUAUCAAGAGAAGACCAGGGUUUUCAGUGGCCAUUUCUGAUCAAGAUGACCCUGAUUAUUAUAGUGUAGAUAUGUGUCAUCGUGAUAACUCAGCAUCUGGAGAGAACAUUGGCAAUGUCAGUCUUAAGGAUUGUGCAGGAAAAGCUCAAUAUGUCCACAUAUUUAAUUUCCGCAAUGAGAGUUUGGGAAGUUUAGCCACCUGGUCAAAGUACCCGAAUUUGCAGCUUGCAGAGGUGGUUGUAAUAGAAGACACAGGAUGCGCUGAUGGAGCGUAUGGUGAAAAAUGUGACAAGCUGUGUGGAAUUUGCAAGGAUGCCAAGUGUGACAGAUGGAAUGGAACUUGUCUAGUUUGUCCGGAUGGAUGGUAUGGCACACAAUGCAACCAAACUUGUGGAAAGUGUAUAGGAGGCACAUGUGAAAGGAAUUAUGGCACAUGUUCAGGGUCAUGCGAUGAGGGCUGGUUUGGUACAAAGUGUGAGUCACCUUGCUCCCAAUUUUGCAUGGAUGGAUGCAAAAAAGGUGACGGCGAAUGCAACCGAUGCCCUCCAAGACGUAAUGGAACACAAUGUGAGCUCUGUCCCCAAUGUAAAGGCCAUUAUUGUCACCCUAAUGACACUUGUAAAAUAGCCUGCGCUGACCCCACAAUGCAUGGUGAUGACUGUAAUAUAGACUGCAACUUCUCCAUCACAGGAUGCAUUGAGUGUCAGUCUGUAACAGGUUUUGUGUCUUGCACAAAAUGUGUGGUUGGGAAAUACAUUGACAAGUGUUUGGGCUGCCCAACUAACUGUGUUGAAUGUGUUUGUGAAAACAAUUGUACAGUUUGCAAACCUGGAUAUGCUGGACUGGACUGUUCUAAUGAGUGUUCGAAACCAAACUGCAUAGAAUGUCGCCCCAAUGGAAACUGUAAAAUAUGUACUCGAGGUUUCUUUGUAAAUGGGAUUAACUGUGUGAAUUGUAGUGCAGCCAAUGAACGAUGCCUGUCUUGCAGUAGUCCAUUUGAUUGUGAAGAAUGUAUACCUGGAUACUACCUACAAGAUCGAAAAUGUAAUAAAUGCCCUGUAAACUGUAAAGAGUGUGAGUCUGACAAGAGGUGCUCAAAAUGUGAGGCUGAAUGGCAAGGUUUGACAUGCAAAUGUGGUCAGAAUUGUAAACAGGACAGGGUCAUGCAGGUAUCUGACUGGUGUUCCCAAGAAAAUGGGACAUGCCUGAAAGGCUGUGUCGCCGGUAAGUGGACCAGCGACUGUAAGACAGAUUGCCCCCCACUUGAUGGCACUUGUCUCAUUUGUGAUCAGACUGAUGGAAAAUGCUUUGAAUGUGUUCCUGGAAGAUAUGGCAAUAAUUAUUAUGGGCAUCAGUUCAACAGCUCCUGUAGUGAGAAAUGUGGUCAGUGUGCUGAUGGUAAAUGUCAGAUAGACAAUGGAGCGUGUUCAGGACAAUGUAAUCCAGGUAACCAUGGUGCAAAUUGCUCUCUUAGUUGUAGUGAAAACUGCAAGAAUGGGUCCUGUGAAAAAGAUACAGGAAAAUGCUAUGAAUGUAAGACAGGAUUCUAUGGUGACCAGUGUGACAUGGAAUGUAACACAAAUUGUAAACUGGAUCAAACCAGUUGUGGACAAAAAGAUGGAUUCUGUGACAGCUGCUUGAUGGGUUUCUUUGGUAACCAAUGUGACCAGAAUUGUAGCAUCAAUUGUAAUUUGGGGCAAAGGGGUUGCAGUAAAGAAGAUGGAUUUUGUGACGUUUGUAAAAUAGGAUUCUAUGAUGAUACAUGUUCCAGCAAAUGUAAAAACUGUAUGAAUUCAUGUAGAAAAACAGAUGGACGAUGUGAUGAGUGUGAAAUUGGUUUUCAUGGUGAUAAUUGCAAGUUCAAAUGUCCUGAAAACUGCUUAAAUAAAUGCUCUAGGAACACAAGUCACUGUAUUGUAUGUACCAAAAUGUUCUACGGCAAUUCGUGCGAGAAUUCCUGCCCAGACAAUUGUGGGGAGAUGGGAGUGCAGCAGAACUUGUGUAACAAGGAUACAGGGUUUUGCCAGCAGUGCAAGGCUGGUUACUAUGGCAACAAAUGUGAGGACAGAUGUUCUGAUCAGUGCGCCAAAAAUUUCAUGGGACUGAUUUGUGAACAGGCUGAUGGAAGAUGCCGCGAUUGUCCAGUAGGAAUGUAUGGCAAGUUCUGCGAUUUACCAUGUGCUGGAAAGUGUGUCAACCCCUCAAAGCGACAUUCAAUUGGUGACUGCCAUCAGAUGACCUCUGAGUGUGUCCAUGGCUGCCAAGAGGGUUACCAUAGCAACCUGUGUAACAUGUCAUGUAACACGCGAUGCAAGGGUCAGCAGUGUGAUAUCGACACUGCUAAAUGCCUCAACGGCUGUGAAGAGGGGUUCAAUGGAGAAUACUGCAGUCAAGAAAUGCCCAAGUCUGGUGUGAUUAUUGGCGUUGUCGUUGCUCUGAUCGUACUGAUAAUGAUCAUCGCUGUUGUCAUCUUUAUCAUAUGUCGCAGAAAGAAGUAACAGAAACGAAAUGCCGACAUAACAUUGAGAAAUAUGGAUACAUAUGAUGAAGUAGACAGAAACCUGCUAAGUAAUAACGAUGAUUCAGAAUACUUGCGACUUUUUUCUAAAGUACCUACACAAACAUUUAUUGAUAUCG